GAUCAACCAAGAUAGUUAAAAAGCGCGGGACUCUCCACAUUGAGUCUCUAUUAACUGCUCCUAACCAAUGACAGCCAACGACGUCGUUCCCAUCCGAUUUCAACUUUCUCCUUUUUCCUGCAAAACUGUUCUUUGCUCCUAAAUCCAAUUUAAAGAUGGUGCAUAGCGCCUACGAUUCCUUCCAGCUCCUCCAUAACUCCGCCGCCAAAAUCGACGCCGUCGAAUCCUACGGUCAUAACCUCCUCUUAUCCUGCUCCGACGGCUCUCUCCGCAUUUACUGCCCGGAGUCCUCCGCCGGCGACCCCCGAUCUCCGCCGCCCUCCUCCGAUUUCUAUUUGCAGUACCCUGAGCUGAAGAAGGAGCCCUAUGUCCUCGAGCGGACGAUCAAUGGGUUUUCUAGGAAGCCGAUGCUGGCGAUGGAGGUCCUCAAGUCGCGGGAGCUCCUCCUCUCGCUCUCGGAGUCGAUCGCCUUUCAUCGGCUGCCCAGUUUCGAGACUCUGGCCGUGAUCACCAAAGCCAAGGGCGCCAACGCCUGCUCCUGGGAUGAGAGGCGCGGAUUUCUGUGCUUUGCACGGCAGAAGAGGGUUUGCAUCUUCAGGCAUGAUGGGGGACGGGGUUUUGUAGAGGUAAAAGAAUUUGGUGUUCCUGAUGUGGUCAAAUCAAUGUCAUGGUGUGGUGAGAAUAUAUGUUUGGGGAUCCGAAGGGAGUAUGUAAUAUUGAAUUCCACAACUGGUGCGUUGUCUGAGGUGUUCCCCUCAGGAAGGAUUGCUCCACCUUUGGUCGUGUCUCUUCCAUCAGGGGAGCUUCUUCUAGGGAAGGAUAAUAUUGGAGUGUUUGUCGACCAAAAUGGAAAACUUCUCCAGGAAGGCAGGAUUUGCUGGUCCGAGGCUCCUGCAGCAGUUGUUGUUGAAAAGCCAUAUGCAGUAGGUCUCCUACCAAGACAUGUUGAGAUACGGUCCCUUCGUGAUCCUUAUCCACUGAUCCAGACUGUUGUUCUCCGCAAUGUUCGUCGGAUCCUCCAGAGCACCCAUGUUAUAGUUGUUGCAUUAGAGAGUUCUGUUUAUGGCUUCUUUCCUGUUCCUAUUGGGGCACAGAUUGUACAACUAACAGCUUCAGGCAACUUUGAGGAAGCACUGGCUUUGUGCAAGUUACUUCCUCCAGAAGAUUCAAACCUCCGAGCUGCAAAGGAGCAGUCAAUUCAUAUUAGAUAUGCUCACUAUUUAUUUGAGAAUGGGAACUAUGAGGAGGCAAUGGAACAUUUUUUAGCAUCUCAAGUGGAAAUCAAUUAUGUGCUUUCUUUGUAUCCGUCGAUCGUUCUUCCCAAAUCAUCUGUUGUACCUGACCCCGAGCAAUAUAUGGAUGUUGGUGGAGAUGCUCCAGUUCUAUCAAGAGGUUCUUCAGGCUUGUCAGAUGAUUUGGAAUCUUCACUUCCUCUUCAUGCUCUGGAUUCUGAGGAAAGAACAGAUCUCGAAUCCAGGAAAAUGAGCCACAAUACUCUGAUGGCUCUCAUCAAGUUCUUGCAGAGGAAGAGAUUUGUUAUUGUUGAAAAAGCUGCUGCAGAAGGAACUGAGGAGGCUGUUUCAGAUGCCGUAGGACAUAAUUUCGUUUCUUAUGGUAAUAGUCGGCCAAGGAAAAUGGGCAAGGCUCGAGCCAAUGUAUCGAUCAGUUCAGUUGCUAGGGACACUGCAUCCAUACUGGACACGGCAUUACUCCAAGCUCUUCUAUUGACAGGACAAACUUCAGCUGCUUUGGAACUACUUAGGGGUCUUAAUUAUUGUGAUUUAAGGAUAGGUGAGGAGUUUUUGCAGGAAAAGAAUCAGCAUGCCUGUCUGCUAGAACUGUAUAAAUGUAAUGCCAUGCAUCAUGAAGCACUAAAGCUUCUGCACAACUUGGUGGAAGAUUCAAACUCAGACAACCCAUCAGCUGAGCUCAGCCAGAAGUUUAAGCCUGAAAUGAUUAUUGAUUAUCUUAAACCUCUCUGUGGCACGGAUCCGAUGCUUGUCCUGGAAUUCUCUAUGCUCGUCCUAGAAAGCUGCCCCUCACAAACUAUUGAGCUGUUCUUGUCUGGAAAUAUUCCAGCAGACUUAGUGAAUUCUUAUCUAAAACAGCAUGCUCCAAAUAUGCAGACUACAUAUUUGGAACUUAUGCUUGCAAUGAACGAGAGCAGUGUCUCAGGGAACCUCCAGAACGAAAUGGUGCAAAUAUACCUGUCAGAAGUGCUUGAUUGGUAUAAAGACCUUAAUUCUCAACAAAAGUGGGAUGAGAGAACUUUUUCCCCUACAAGGAAGAAGCUGUUGUCUGCUUUGGAGGGUAUCUCUGGGUACAACCCUGAGGUUUUGUUGAAGCGUCUUCCACCAGAUGCCUUGUAUGAAGAGCGGGCAAUUUUGUUAGGAAAGAUGAACCAACAUGAGCUUGCUCUUUCAAUAUACGUUCACAAGCUUAAUGUUCCUGAAUUGGCGCUAUCCUACUGUGACCGGAUAUAUGAAUCUGGACCUCAACACUCAGGGAAAUCUUAUGGAAACAUUUACCUUAUUCUACUACAAAUAUAUCUGAAUCCUCAGAGGACAACGAAAAACUUUGAAAAGAGAAUUACUAGCUUGACAUCCACCCGAAGUCCUGCAAUCCACAAGGUUGGUCCUGGAGCUGUUAAAAAUAAAGGUCGCCUGUCAAAAAAGAUUGCAGAAAUUGAGGGUGCUGAGGAGACACGCAUCAACCAAAGUGGUACUGACAGUGGAAAGAGUGAUGGUGAUACUGAUGAUGCCAAUGAGGAAGGAACUUGUACCAUUAUGCUCGAUAAGGUCCUUGAUUUGUUGGGCCAAAGAUGGGAUCGAAUAAAUGGAGCUCAGGCUUUAAGACUGCUUCCUAGGGAAACUAAGCUGAAGAAUCUACUUCCUUUUCUUGGACCUCUUUUAAGAAAAUCCAGCGAAGGAUACAGGAAUUUUUCAGUCAUAAAGAGCCUUAGAGAGAGUGAGAACCUACAGGUGAAAGAAGGACUGUAUAGCCAAAGGAAGAAUUCAGUGAAGAUUAGUGGCGACAGUAUGUGCUCGCUUUGCAACAAAAAAAUAGGAACCAGUGUGUUUGCAGUUUAUCCUAAUGGAAAGACGCUUGUCCAUUUUGUAUGCUUCAAAGAUUCGCAGAAUAUGAAGACUGUGGGAAAAGCCUCGCGCUCACCAUUCCAACUUAGAUGAUUUAUUCAUUCACCUUUUUUUAUUUCUUGCGCCUAUCUUUUAUUGUGAGAGCUUUUUUGGUAGAUCAGCGUCUCUUCUCUUGUAAAAACAUUUCCACGAUAUUUAUAAUUUAUCUUUUCCCUUUA